AUGUUAGUCCAAGACCGGGUAACAGCUAACCCAAAUCCAAAAUCUCCCAAAUCCCAAAUCAGACCCACCAUCAACAAUCACCACCACGACCUCCAACACCGCUUCUCAGAGUCAAAAUCUUUAGAUUUCUCCACAUGGGUAUCUGAGAAUUUCUACAGAAUCAUCACAAUCACAUUGCUAAUCUCCACUGUCGCUGCCAUCUUCUUCCUCCGGAGCACUGGUGACACUUUUCUCUACCUUCAGUCACAUGCACAACCUCUAGACAAAACCCAUAAUUUUCCUCACAUAAAUUGGAACAACAUCCUACCAAUCACUGACAAAUCUUCGCCUUAUGCGAACUUCCGGUCAGAGAAAUGGAUUGUUGUUAGUGUCUCUCAUUAUCCUUCUGAUUCGCUUAAAAAGCUUGUUAGAAUUAAAGGUUGGCAAUUGCUAGCAAUUGGGAAUUCAAGGACGCCUAAUGAUUGGUCCUUGAAGGGUGCAAUUUACUUGUCUUUAGAACAACAAGCGACUUUAGGGUUUCGGGUUUUGGGCUAUGUACCUUAUGAUUCUUAUUUAAGGAAAAGCGUGGGGUAUUUGUUUGCGAUCCAACAUGGGGCAAAGAAAAUUUUUGAUGCUGAUGAUCGUGGAGAGGUUAUCGAUGGUGAUUUAGGGAAGCAUUUUGAUGUGGAGUUAAUGGGGGAGGGGGCUAGGCAAGAGACUAUAUUGCAAUAUAGUCAUGAGAAUGAGAAUAGGAGUGUAGUAAACCCUUACGUUCAUUUUGGUCAAAGGACAGUUUGGCCUAGAGGGUUACCAUUAGAGAAUGUGGGCGAAAUUGGUCAUGAAGAGUUUUACACUGAGGUUUUUGGUGGGAAACAGUUUAUACAACAAGGACUAUCAAAUGGAUUGCCUGAUGUUGAUUCUGUGUUUUAUCAUACUAGGAAAACGGGUUUGGAAGCUUUUGAUAUUAGGUUCGAUGAGCGUGCCCCAAAAGUAGCGUUGCCUCAAGGGGUAAUGAUGCCAGUUAAUUCGUUUAAUACGAUUUACCAUUCGUCGGCUUUUUGGGGCUUGAUGCUUCCAGUUUCAGUUAGUACUAUGGCUUCUGAUGUUUUGAGAGGCUACUGGGGGCAAAGGCUUUUGUGGGAGAUUGGUGGGCAUGUUGUGGUUUAUCCACCUACUGUGCAUAGAUAUGACACAGUUGGGGGGUACCCUUUUUCUGAAGAGAAGGAUCUUCAUGUUAAUGUUGGGAGGCUUAUUAAGUUCUUGGUUGCAUGGAGGUCGAGUAAGCAUAGGUUGUUUGAGAAGGUUUUAGAGUUGAGUUUCGCUAUGGCAGAGGAGGGGUUUUGGACUGAGCAGGAUGUGAAGUUUACUGCUGCUUGGCUUCAGGACUUGCUUGCUGUUGGGUACCAGCAGCCUAGGUUAAUGUCAUUCGAAUUGGACCGGCCACGUGCGACUAUAGGUCAUGGGGAUCGGAAAGAGUUUGUACCUCGGAAGUUGCCGUCUGUGCAUCUUGGAGUGGAGGAAACGGGGACAGUGAAUUAUGAGAUUGGCAAUUUGAUUCGAUGGAGAAAGAAUUUUGGGAAUGUGGUGCUUAUUAUGUUUUGCAAUGGGCCUGUUGAACGUACUGCCUUGGAAUGGAGAUUGCUUUAUGGGAGGAUAUUCAAAACCGUGAUUAUCCUGUCAUGGCAGAAGAAUGAGGAUCUAGCUGUUGAAGCAGCCCACUUGGAUCGUAUGUACAAGCAUCUGCCGAAGAUAUUUGAUAGAUAUAGCAGUGCCGAAGGCUUUUUAUUCCUUCAGGAUGAUACUAUCCUUAAUUACUGGAAUCUGCUUCAAGCGGACAAGACUAAACUAUGGAUUACUGACAAGGUAUCCAAGUCCUGGACAACUGUGUCAACCAAUGGUAACACAGAUUGGUAUGCCAAGCAAGCAGAAAUGGUAAGGAAAGUUGUUGGCUCAAUGCCGGUUCACUUCCAAGUCAAUUAUAAGGAAGCUAUGAAAAGUGACCAGAGCCUUGUGAUAGGCGGUUCGGAGAUAUUCUACAUUCCUCAGCACCUCGUUACUGACUUUGUGGAUCUUGUUGGUUUGGUGGGUGAUCUUGAUAUUCAUCAAAAGGUUGCCAUACCCAUGUUCUUUAUGUCAAUGGAUUCACCUCAGAAUUUUGAUUCAGUUCUGCGCACAAUGGUAUAUAAGCAGGAGCCACCACCGGGAAAUUCUACUCUUUAUUCUGCUCAAGUACCUGCUGUUCAUCCAUGGAAUGUGUCUAGUGAACAAGAUUUCAUUAAGCUGAUAAGAAUAAUGGCAGAAGGUGACCCGCUCCUAAUGGAGUUAGUUUGA